UGAUAUACUUAUCAAAAGAUUUUUCGUGACUGAGCAUUUUUGGAAAAUUCGAAACGAUGCCACCAACUUCCAAUUGUUAGUCCAAAGAAAAUGGCAGCCACCACUAUCCGGUUGUCAUCAUACCUUUGUUGUUUGUUGCUGAUAGUGCAGGUGCACUCAGUCAAUCGAGACAACUUCAAAACAUGUGACCAGAGUGGAUUUUGCAAGCGACACCGAAGCUUGCAGCCUGGGAAUAGCCCGUAUGUUGUUUUGAUGGACUCGUUAAAAAUCACACCUACUCAAAUUAGUGUUCAAUUACUUAAUACUAAAACAAAUGUGCGACUUAUUCUGGACUUGUAUGGAUUACAAGGGAAUACAGCGCGAGUGAAAAUUAAUGAGCUGGAACCAUUAAAGACUCGUUACGAGAUUCCUGUCGGGGAUGUUCUGGUCGGGGAACCAAAACAACAGGACAUAAAAGUUUUGGACAAGGCCUCGAGUAGUAUAACACUGGGUCUGGAGAACAGCAAGAUUGUCCUCACGUACUCACCAUUCAGAAUCGACUUCAUCUCGGGAGAGGAACCAUUGGUCAGCAUCAACUCACAAGGCCUGCUUAAAUUCGAACAUUUUAGAAAGAAACCGGGCUGGCUGGACAAGGUGACUUCUGUUUUCUCAUGGUUUUCCCAACCUUUCAGAGAGGCACCGCCAGAGGAAGCCGCCCCCGCGGAUCCACCCGCUGAGGGAGAGGACAAAAAGGAGGAUGAAGAAGUGAAGAAGGAAGAAGAAGAGAAGAAGCCAGAGGACCCAGAGGAGUCAGGAUUGUGGGAGGAAACCUUUAAAUCCUUCCAUGAUCCUAAGCCCAAUGGUCCUGCCUCUGUUGGUAUUGACAUCUCAUUCCCGGGUUUUGAGAAUGUGUACGGAAUUCCUGAACAUGCUGAAAGUAUGGCACUCAAAACCACAAAAGACACAGACCCCUAUCGUUUGUUUAACUUGGACGUGUUUGAGUAUGAAUUAUACAAUCCCAUGGCUCUUUAUGGAUCUGUACCUGUCAUGUGGGCCCACAAUGAGAAGAGCACAGUGGGGAUAUAUUGGAACAAUGCAGCAGAGACCUGGAUAGAUAUCAGCUCCACAACAGCAGACAAGAAUUUCUUUUCUAAAAUUGCGGACCUGGUGAAGGGAAACACUGAGAUGGCCCAGAUGGACACCCACUGGUUUUCUGAGAGCGGGGUCAUCGACGUGUUUGUUAUGCUGGGUCCUCGCCCCAAAGACGUCUUCAAACAGUACGCCACUCUGACCGGGUCCACUGAGCUACCACCGCUCUUUGCAAUUUCCUAUCACCAGUGCAGGUGGAAUUAUAAUGACCAAGAAGAUGUUAAAAAUGUUGAUGCCAAUAUGGAUCUGUUUGACAUUCCAUUUGAUGUGAUUUGGUUGGACAUUGAACAUACAGAUGGUAAAAGAUACUUUACAUGGGAUGCUCACAAGUUCCCAGGCUCUAAGGACAUGCUGGAUGCUGAAGGAGCUAAGGGGAGAAAGAUGGUGACGAUCGUGGACCCUCAUCUGAAGCGAGACGACAACUACAAAGUGUACGCCGACGCUAAAAACAGGGAUCUGAUGGUGAAGGGCGGGAACGGAGGGGAAUACGAGGGGUGGUGCUGGCCAGGUUCCUCGAGCUGGCCUGAUUUCACUAACCCUGAGGUCAGAAACUGGUGGGCGUCAAAGUUCCAGUAUUCAGAAUACGAUGGCAGCACCCCUGACCUGUAUAUCUGGAAUGACAUGAACGAACCUUCUGUCUUUAAUGGGCCAGAAAUUACAUUUCACAAAGACGUACUUCAUCACGGAGGAUUUGAAAACAGAGAUGUACACAAUUUAUAUGGAUUUUAUGUGCAAAAAGCCACAGCUGAGGGAAUUUUGAUGAGAUCUAACAAUGAGCAGAGACCAUUUGUCCUCACCAGGGCUUUCUUUGCAGGGUCACAGAGGUUUGGUGCAGUAUGGACUGGAGACAAUAUGGGUGAAUGGUCACACCUUAAGGUGUCUGUACCCAUGUUACUGACCUUGAACUUGGCUGGAAUAACAUUCUCAGGAGCCGACGUGGGUGGCUUCUUCAAGAACCCUGACAAUGAACUGCAGACCCGCUGGUAUCAGGCUGCAGCCUUCCAACCGUUCUUCAGAGCUCACGCCCACAUUGACACAAAGAGACGAGAGCCUUACUUAUUACCCGAGGAGAACAGGAAUAUAGUCCGGGACGCCAUCCGUCAGCGAUACACUUACCUCCCUUUCUGGUACACACUGUUUUACCACGGCUAUCGUAGCGGCGAGACGGUCAUGAGUCCACUGUGGGUCGAGUUUCCUGAGGAUAAAAGCACAUUCAAAAUGGAUGAUGAAUAUUUAUUAGGAUCUUCACUUUUGGUCAAACCAAUCACAGAUCAGGGGGCAACUGGAACAACUGUGUAUUUCCCUGGCAAAAAUGAUGUAUGGUAUGACAUACAGACAUACCAGAGCUAUGCAGGUGCUCAGAACACUUACAUUAAUGCACCUCUUGGAAAAAUCCCCGUCUUUCAGAGGGGUGGAUCCAUUGUUCCACGUAAAAUGAGGGUGCGGAGGUCCUCCUCCUUAAUGUCAGCUGAUCCCUUCACUUUGGUUAUAUGUCUCAAUAAACAGGGUGAGGCUGAAGGAGAUUUAUAUGCUGAUGAUUACAAAUCAUUCGCUUACAGAAGUGGAAAUUACAUUCACAGAGAAUUUAGCUUAAAAAAUAAUAUAUUAACAAGCAGUAAUGCAGAUCCAAAUGGACAAGGAUCAACGAAAGAAUGGCUAGAAAAAUUAGUCAUUGUAGGAUUUCCUAAAGCUGCAUCCAGCGUACAUAUUACAGUUGAUGGGAAUUCCCAGUCUCUAUAUCAUAGUUAUGACAGUACAAGUCGAGUUCUAACAGUCAGAAAGCCUGGGGUUAAUAUCGCUAAAGAUUUCACCAUCACCAUUCAGUAAAAAGCAGCCUCAUUAGUCCAUAUUAUCACCAAGGAGCCAAUCAGGAAUUGUGUAACAUUUCAAAGCUCUGAAUUUCAUUGUCAUCUCUCUAUUUUUUGACCCCUCACCUCACUUUUGAAUCAAAUGGAUGUUUACUUACAAUUAGUGAUUAUGUUUUUGUCUUGGAAUUUUGUAUGAACAUUUUCCAAGGAAUUUAUGUUUUUCAAAAACUAUUUGAUAAUGCAUUUUUGUAGAGGCAAUACCAAAAAAUUUUACAGUAUUUUGAUGAUGGCAUUUUACAAUAUUUAUAAAGCUACAUCUCAUAGUCGGAGAAGAAACUUUAAUAAGUUUUCUAUUCUGAAAAUGGGAGGGGAUUUAUUUAUUAUAUUCAUAGUACAAUCUGAUUUUCAUCAAUGAUUUUAGUAACAAAUAUUCAUAUCCAAAGAAUAAAAUUUAAAACGAAAGAAUCAGUGAUAGAUUUUUGGAUUUUGAACUUUUCAUCAGGAGAGUAUACCUACAUGUACUUAUACUUUAUAUGUUUAAAUGUAGAACAUUCCAUGUUUGUUAGUUUGCUUUUUGAUUGACAUUUAAUACAUUGAUUGCCUAAGAAUUACAAUCUGUAUUUAUUUGAACUUUCAAAAAUGUUUUUGGUCCAGAUAACAGACAUUAGGAACCAGUGGAAAUUAUAUAAAUGUAUAUACCCAAAAAUAUUUAUAAUUAGGGUUUUAAAAUGAAUUAAAUGAAAAAAAAAAUUACAGUAUGUGAAAACAAAUUUUAGAGGGCAAAUCUAUGAAAAAGUCUAAAGUUACCUCUUUAAAGGAAAUGCAAUUAAAAUGUUUUUAAAAAUAUUCUAAUUGCAAGUUGUUAACAAAUAGCACUGUUGAUUUAAGAGUAAAAACCUUCUGGAAUAAUCCUGCUUUGUUACAUUCAAAAGCUGACGUCAAGUAUUACCGGUAUGUAUACUUCAGACUUUUUAUAAAUGAUUAGUUAUAAAACAGAGCACCCCAAUUUUUCAAAAGUCCUCUGAUAUUUUUGUCAUGUGAUGAAAAUAUACCAUUUUUUUUCUAGAUCUUUAGUUAAAAUAUAUUAUGUAUACAUCUGGUCAGAAUGACGCUUUUUAUGUUUGUACCAGUGAUAUUUGUAUAUAUAAUUAUAUGUACUGAGGUUGGAGAAGAGCAAGAAAAAAUUAUGAUUGCCAUCAUUUUUACAACGUGUACUAUUUAAUCUCAGAUUUUAGAAAUCUGAAAAAUCAUUGUUAUCUGGAUGGGGUAUCUCCAUUUUCGCUGGGUAAAGAUUAAUUUUGUAUUUACUGUUGGCAUUGUGUUGUAUAUCCAGUUUUACGCAUUGUAAAGUGCUGUCUAUAUUAUUGCUGAUCAUAUAAGUGCUAUGGCUCUAAUUACAAAAGAAAAACUAGAUUAAAAAUAUUGAGCAGGUUGAAAAUUUGUUUUUCAUAUUAUAGAUAGUUUAUGAUUCAUAUUAAAGUUAAAAUGAAAAAAAUAUAUUCCUCAUUUAAACCAGAUUGGGGUUAGAAAUAUGAAAUAUUUUGAUAGAGUUAUUGAUAUAGAGUUGAUAUAUUCAUGGAAAGUCACAUGUUGUGACUCUAUGGUUGUACGCGGUUUUAAACAUUGGUCAAACAUGUUGCUUUCUAAUUAUUUUCAAAACUCUUAGAUUUAAGAACUGCUAGACAGCUCAUUUUCUUAUUGAAGGGGGAAAUUGCAAUACCUGUUUGCAUGUAUUAAAUAGUGCAUAAGAUUGUUCUGAUAAAAGGUGGAAAAUUAAAAAAAAAAACAGCAAACGUUUUCUUUCACUGACUUAAAAGAAAAGAAGAA